UGUCCAUAAGUACGUGGAUAUCUUGAACAUUUACAAAUACUUUCUCUGAUAAAUUGUACAAAAAAAAGAUAAAUUUGUUAUUCUACGACAAUUGUUAUUGUAUACUUUGAUGUAAACAGAAAUUAUUGAUAAAAGUUUCAGAUCAUUUAUCAAAUAUCCUGUUUGUAUGUGUGUUGACUUGCGUAGUUUAUUCAGGAAGGUGGAACAGGCAUUCGUGCAUAUGACAUGGCGCAGGUUAUAGCAGUUUUAUCCACUAUUCCAAAGUUAUCACAUCAUCUUCGUACUCGUCUUCCAAAUCUAACUAUCUACGAUGUUUUGUCAGAUUGUGUUCAUUUAGAAAAAGACAAUACGUUAUCAAAACUCAACAAGGCAGAAAUAUUGGUGAGCGAUUGCGAUUUAUUAAUAUCAUAUUUGGGAAAAUUACCAAAACUUCAAUGGGUACAAUCAACGUGGGCAGGAUUGGAUAAAUUAAUUCCAUUUAUUCAAGAAAAACCAUUGAAUUUUAUUCUUUCGCGCUUUACUGAUCAAAGUUUUGGUUUAGCUAUGUCAGAAUAUGUAAUAGCGCAAAUUGUGAACUUUGAACGAGAUCAAAAACAGCAAUAUGAAAAUCAAAAAAAGGCAGAUUGGAAAAGAGAUGACAAAAUACAUGAUCAUAGAUUAAUUCGUGAUUUAAAUAUAGGCAUUUUAGGAUUGGGAAAUAUCGGAAAAUUUAUUGCGCAAAAUUUAAAAAUAUUUGGGGCCACGGUUUGGGGAAUGACACGCACUCCUUUAAACGAACAUUUAAACUACAUAGACGAACAUAGAACAACAGAUCUAUUACCUGAUAUAUUAAAAAACUGUGAUUACAUUAUAAACGUAUUACCUACUACUAAAAAUACAAUUGGACUUUUAAAUGGGAAUAUUCUGGAACAUUGUAAGGAUCGCAAGGCCGUAUUUAUUAAUAUCGGUCGUGGAACGAUUAUUGAUGAAGCAGAUCUUAUAAAUGCUUUGGAACGCAAAUGGAUACACGCUGCAAUUUUAGAUGUUUUUCAAGAAGAACCAUUACCAAAAAGCAGUAAAUUAUGGCAUUUAUCAAAUGUAACUAUUUCACCACAUAUUUCCGGUGUGACACGUCCACAAGAUGUUGCUAGACUGUUUGCAGAAAACUAUACAAAAUACAAAAAUGGUGAACCUAUACCGAAUAGUUUUAAUUAUAAAACGGGUUAUUAAUUAUUUUCAAUUAAUUGUCAUACAUAUUUGUAAUAAAAUAAACUCCUAUUGUGGAUAAAAAUAAUUAUCAUUGGCAAAAUAAGUAAACAUGGCAAUGACCAAAAUAUUUCUUAUAUCAUUGAUCAUGUUUGUUAAUAAUAUUUCUGUAA